AUGAUAAGCCCGGCGCCCGCUGCGCGCAACACGGUGCGCGGCUUCCAGGCGACGCCCGUCGCCUCGGGCGAUGAGGACUCCGACUAUGGCGCCUGCGAGACGCCUCGCCAGGGCGCCCGCCGCGGACGCCCCGGCCGCAUCGACGACGUCGUGAGCGCAAACUGCAGCCCCAUCCUGCGAGGGGCCCCGUCCCCUGGCGUCUCGGGCAUCGCCAAGCUGCGCAUGCAGUUGGACCCCCUCAACCUCGACGGCUCGUCGCGCUCCAGCUCCGCCGCCCGCAACGGCGGUCGCUCCGGCUUCCGCAGCGCCGCCGACACCCCGCGCUCCGCUAGCCGCGACGGCGCGCGCAGCGAGGCUGGCAGCGAGAGCUCCGAGAACGGCUCCACAAGCUACGAGGUCAACCUCGAGCACGACUUUGUCAGCGAGAGCGUGCGCGACCGCUCCGUCCUGCUUGAGACGCUCGAAGGCGGCCUAAACCCCCGCCGCAAGAUGACCGCGGAGGAGUUUGAGCCCCUGCGCUGCCUGGGCAAGGGCACCUACGGCACCGUCCUGCUGGUCAAGCAACGCGCCACCGGCCGGCUCUACGCGCAGAAGCAAUUCAAGAAGGCGUCGCUCGUCGUGCAUAAGAAGCUCAUCGAGCAGACUAAGACGGAGCGCCAGAUCCUCGAGUCGGUCAACAGGCACCCCUUUGUGGUCAAGCUCUUCUACGCCUUCCAGGACCUCGAGAAGCUGUACUUGAUCCUCGAGUACGGCCAGGGCGGCGAGCUCUUCACGCAUCUCAACACGGAGAAGAUGUUCUCGGAGAGCGUGGCCGCCUUCUACAUGGCCGAGAUGCUGCUCGCCAUCUCCCACCUGCACAACGACCUGGGCGUCGUGUACCGCGACCUCAAGCCCGAGAACUGCCUCCUCGACGCCGACGGCCACCUCCUGCUCACCGACUUUGGCCUGUCCAAGGUGGCGGUGGAGCAGUCGGAGAGCUGCAACUCGAUCCUCGGCACCGUCGAGUACAUGGCGCCCGAGGUGAUUCUCGGCAAGAAGUACGGCAGGGCCGUCGACUGGUGGUCGUUUGGCGCCCUCGGCUACGACCUCAUGACGGGCAACCCGCCGUUCCGAGGCGGCAACCACGCCAAGAUCCAGGACAACAUCGUCAGGCAGAAGCUCGUGCUGCCCUACUUCCUGAGCCCGGACGCAAAGGACCUGCUGACGCGCCUCCUGCGCAAGGAGCCGCAGAAGCGCCUCGGGUCCGUUAUGCCGCGCGACCUGCAGACGCUCAAGAAGCACCGCUUCUUCCGGAAGAUCGACUGGCGUAAGCUCGAGGCACGGGAGCUGGAGCCUCCGAUCCAGCCCAUGAUCACGGACCCCGAGCUCGCCGAGAACUUUGCGCCCGAGUUCACCGAGCUGGCGCUGAGCCCCGUGGUGACGGCCAAGGAUGCCUGGGCCGUCGGCGGCACCCCGGCCUCGGGCCACAAGGACGACGUGUUUGGCGGCUUCAGCUUCGUUGCGUCGUCGAGUCUCCUGGAGAGCAAUGCCUUUCCCGUGGCCAACGGCGUGUGA